AUGCGGCGCCCCGGGAGCCUGGAGCCCGGCACUGCGCUCGGCUCAGCUCGCCUCGCGGCGGGCGCCCUCGUCGCCAGCGGCGCACCAUGGACGGGCUGCCCGGUCGGGCGCUGGGGGCCGCCUGCCUUUUGCUGCUGGCGGCCGGCUGGCUGGGGCCCGAGGCCUGGGGCUCGCCCACGCCCCCACCGUCGCCCGCCGCACCGCCGCCACCCCCGCCACCCGGAGCCCCAGGCGGCUCGCAGGACACCUGCACGUCGUGCGGCAGCUUCCGGCGGCCGGAGGAGCUGGGCCGGGUGGACGGCGACUUCCUGGAGGCGGUGAAACGGCACAUCUUGAACCGCCUGCAGAUGCGGGGCCGGCCCAACAUCACACACGCCGUGCCCAAGGCCGCCAUGGUCACGGCCCUGCGCAAGCUGCACGCGGGCAAGGUGCGCGAGGACGGCCGGGUAGAGAUCCCGCACCUCGACGGCCACGCCAGCCCGGGCGCUGACGGCCAGGAGCGCGUCUCCGAGAUCAUCAGCUUCGCUGAGACAGAUGGCCUCGCCUCCUCCAGGGUCCGCCUGUACUUCUUCAUCUCCAACGAAGGCAACCAGAACCUGUUUGUGGUACAGGCCAGCCUGUGGCUUUACCUAAAGCUGCUGCCUUACGUCCUGGAGAAGGGCAGCCGGCGGAAGGUGCGGGUCAAGGUGUACUUCCAGGAGCAGGGCCACGGUGACCGGUGGAACGUGGUGGAGAAGCGGGUGGACCUCAAGCGCAGCGGCUGGCACACCUUCCCGCUCACCGAGGCCAUCCAGGCCUUGUUCGAGCGCGGCGAGCGGCGACUGAGCCUGGAUGUGCAGUGCGAUGGCUGCCAGGAGCUGGCCGUGGUGCCCGUGUUCGUGGACCCCGGCGAGGAGUCGCACCGGCCCUUUGUGGUCGUGCAAGCACGCCUGGGCGACAGCAGGCAUCGCAUUCGCAAGCGGGGCCUGGAGUGCGAUGGCAGGACCAACCUCUGUUGCAGGCAACAGUUCUUCAUCGACUUCCGCCUCAUUGGCUGGAACGACUGGAUCAUCGCGCCCACCGGCUACUACGGGAACUACUGUGAGGGCAGCUGCCCAGCCUACCUGGCGGGGGUCCCUGGCUCUGCCUCCUCCUUCCAUACGGCCGUGGUGAAUCAGUACCGCAUGCGGGGUCUGAAUCCGGGCACGGUGAACUCCUGCUGCAUCCCCACCAAGCUGAGCACCAUGUCCAUGCUCUACUUCGACGACGAGUACAACAUCGUCAAGCGGGACGUGCCCAACAUGAUCGUGGAGGAGUGCGGCUGCGCCUGAUGGCGGCAGCGCGUUGGCGGUGGGACUCGGGGCUGGCCCUGGUCGGGCUUCCUCCGGUCCCUGCGGGAAUGGGGUGCAUGAAGGUGGAGUCCAGUUGUGCCAUUGGGCUGCCUGGGAGGUGCCAGGGGCAGGCCUGAGAGAGUUUCCUACUUCUUCAUCAAGCAAUCAGUCAAAACCAGAGGGAGAACCCUCCACGGAUACGAAAGACUUUAAAAUGCACACGUAGACACGCACAGCCAAACGCAUCCUGC